UUCACAGCUGCCAGUGUCUUCGUCACUUCAAAAAUUCCUGAUUUUCAGAACACUUGUUGGAUCACUUAAACAAUCAUAACUAUCAAAAUUUUGUCGAAAAUUUUUUCUGGGAAAAUUUUGAAGGAAAAUGCAUUCAUUAAGUCCCAAGGUAAUCUCUGAUUUCAAUGCGGGGACGAAAAGUUCAUGGUUGAGUCGACUCAGCAGCGGAGUCGCCGAGCUCGAAUCGGGGACGAGAAGGCAAUGGUUGAAUUGCAGAUAUCAUAUGAGAAUAUGUAAAAUCGUAGCCUGUACGCCGGAGAGAAAUAUUGGCGGUGGUGGUGGUGGAGAGAGUGGGAGUCGGGGUGGUAGUUCGAGUUCCUUUCUUUCGCGGAGUCAAACUUAUGCUCUGUUGAAACAGCAAAUGGAAGUUGCUGCGAAAUCCGAGGAUUAUAAAGAAGCAGCGAGGCUGCGAGAUUCAUUGAAAUUGUUUGAGGAAGAGGAGCCAAUUUUGCGUCUACGGAGAUUGUUGAAACAGGCCAUUGCAGAUGAGAGGUUUGAGGAUGCAGCAAGGUACCGUAAUGAGCUAAAGGAAAUUGCUCCCCACUCUCUCUUGACAUGUUCAAGUGAUGCAACCACCUUGGGCAUCAGGGUUCAAGUUAGGAGUGUCUACAUUGAAGGCCGAAGUCAGCCCUCGAAAGGCCAGUACUUUUUUGCAUAUAGAAUAAGAAUCACCAAUACUUCAGACCGCCCAGUUCAGCUUCUCAGAAGGCACUGGAUCAUCACCGAUGCCAAUGGGAAAAUUGACAAUUUUUGGGGAAUUGGAGUUAUUGGUGAACAGCCAGUUAUACUUCCCAAUACUGGUUUUGAGUAUUCAUCUGCAUGUCCAUUAAGCACUCCUAGUGGGAGAAUGGAGGGUGACUUUGAGAUGAAGCAUAUUGAUAAAGUAGGCUCACGGACAUUCAACGUGGCUAUUGCUCCCUUUUCUCUCUCCACAUUUGGGGAUGGUACUGAUACUUUUUGAGUUAUAAACGGUGGAACUAUUUAGGAGACACUAACAUAUGAUUCAAAUGUGCCGUAUUCCAUGGAAUUGAUGGGCCAGAGUGCUACGCUACCGUUUUGGAGAAGUACACAUUAAAGCCAACAUGUGUUGCUGUGGCAAGUUUAAGAAUUUCAUUAUCAUCCCGUUGGCAAAUUUCUACUGUGAGAUAUGAAUGGAAAGAUCAACUGUGAGAUAUGAAUGUAAAAAUCGUGUGACUAUAUGUAGUGGAAGUUUGAUUUGAAACUCCCAACUGGAGAAUUAACUUUUUUUCCUGAUUUUAUAUUUGGGAAUCACCAAAUACAUUUGGUAAGGGCUUUUAUUGUUUGUGAAAAUUGAUUUUUUUGUCAAAUUUUAUGUUCUUAGGAACAUUCUAGAAUUGAAAGCAGCAGGCAGGUUCAUAUUAG